AUGGCCAAGAAUGAUUUGAAGGUUUUGGGAGCAUGGCCGAGCCCAUUUGUGAUGAGAGCACGGAUCGCUCUGAAUAUCAAGUCUCUGGACUAUGAGUUUCUUGAGGAGACAUUUGGAUCGAAAAGCCAGCUUCUGCUCCAAUCAAACCCUGUCCACAAGAAAAUCCCAGUUCUCAUUCAUGGCGAUAAACCCAUCUGUGAAUCUCUCGUCAUUGUUGAGUACAUCGACGAGGUUUGGGCAUCGAGUCCCUCCAUCCUCCCUUCUCAACCUUAUGAUCGUGCUACUGCCAGAUUUUGGGCUUCCUAUAUCGAUGAGAAGUGGUUCCCGGCCAUGAAAGGCAUUGCUGCUGCUCAAGCAGAGGAGGCGAGGAAGGCGGCAAUCGAGCAAGUGGCUGAAGGGCUGGCGCUAUUGGAGGAUGCCUUUCAGAAGACUAGCAAAGGAAAGGACUUCUUCAGUGGAGACAAAAUUGGGUACCUUGACAUUGCAUUUGGGUGCUUCUUGGGGUGGCUCAGAGUGACAGAGAAGAUGAAUGGGAUCAAAUUGCUGGACGAAUCAAAGACACUAGGGCUGGCCAAAUGGGCUCACAAGUUUUGUGCAGAUGCUGCUGUGAAAGAUGUUAUGCCUGAGACUGAGAAGCUUGCCGAGGUUGCUAAGAUUAUUACGGCCAAAUUGAGAGGUGCUGGUGCUCCCCCGAAAUAA